AUCUGGCGGCCGAUAACUGCAACUUUCUUCUUCCCAGUGGGACCUGGAACAGGAUUUCUCUACUUGGUGAAUUUGUAUUUCUUGUAUCAAUAUUCAUCACGAUUAGAAACAGGGGCUUUUGAUGGAAGGCCAGCAGAUUACAUGUUCAUGCUCCUGUUUAACUGGAUCUGCAUUGUUAUAACUGGCUUGGCAAUGGACAUGCAGUUGCUGAUGAUUCCACUCAUCAUGUCAGUUCUUUAUGUGUGGGCCCAGCUGAACAGAGACAUGAUUGUAUCAUUUUGGUUUGGAACAAGAUUUAAGGCCUGUUACCUCCCAUGGGUUAUUCUGGGAUUCAACUACAUCAUUGGUGGAUCAGUCAUCAAUGAGCUGAUAGGAAAUCUGGUUGGACACCUGUAUUUCUUCUUAAUGUUUAAAUAUCCAAUGGAUUUGGGAGGAAGGAAUUUUCUGUCCACGCCUCAGUUCCUGUACCGCUGGCUGCCAAACAGGCGAGGAGGAGUGUCGGGGUUUGGUGUCCCACCUGCUAGCAUGAGAAGAGCUGCAGAAGACCAGCAGGGUGGUGGAAGACACAACUGGGGCCAAGGUUUCCGCCUGGGUGACCAGUGAAGAGCUCCUGCCUCUGAAAAAGACCAACUCUUUGAUUUUAAUUGGACAUAGGACCGACCCUUCCUGGUGCAGAGCACGCUUAAGAACUGAGGUCUCUGUCGUACUGUUGGAUUUAACUGAUAAAGAGUGAGUUUUUCUGGUUCAAGAGAGAACUAUAAACUCCAGAAGGGAAAAAACGUAGAUCUUGCUCCAGGUUAGCCAAUAGUGUCCAAUUUGAUUCUGUCAUUAAAAAAAAGCCUUCUUUAUACAGUAUUGUCUGUCUAUUGCAAAGGG